AUGUCUUCUUCAAUUAGGGAAAAAAACAAUUCGGGGAUGAUUUCUGAUUUAAGUGCUCAUGAGGUUCUAAACAGCGAUGAUGCAAUGUUUGAGAUUCUUCUUCUGUUACUGCCUGAAACAAUCUACAAGGUGAUUCUUGUAUCAAAGAGAUGGCUUCAGAUUGUCUCCAACCCUGUCUUCCGCAACACUUACCUAACCAAAUGGAAACCAAGAUUCCAUCUCAUUGGUUUCUUCAUCAGCAACACAAUGUACCUCAACAGCCAAUGUAUUCUACCUCGCUCUGAGCCUCGUAUGCCUUUACUGUCAACGAGCAUCAUAGGCAACGAAAUGGAAUAUUCCAAUGUUCUGAAAAAGCUCAGUUACUACAUCGAUUCAUCAAACGGUUUGCUUCUUUGUGGUUGUCAUCCGAAAACUUACUACUUAUGGGAUGUAAAUACGAGGAACCAUGAUGAGACUCCGUGUCCUCAAGCUCAUUUCAGUGAGUUUGUUAUGUCUUUGAUGACCGAAGAUUCUCUUGAUAAAGGUUUAAGCUACAAGGUGAUUCACGCAGAGUGUAAUUCCUACGUACUUAACAAUAAAAAGGUAAAAGUCCAGACUUAUUCCUCAAAAUCUAGUAUGUGGAGCUAUGUGGAACUGACUUGUCCCCAAGAAAUAUCGCUCAGGUCGUGGACUCCCGGAAGCGUGAUCGGUUCUGUGGUAUAUUGGAUUGCCACAGCAAGUCAAGAGGCUAUCUAUGGCACAUACGAUGAAGAGAAACGUAUCAAUCAGAUAAAACUCCCAAAAAUAUUUGAUUACGAUGAACAGGUUUUUGGCGAAUCCGUUGAUGGGUCUUUACAAUAUGGAUGGAGUGAUAAAGCGGUAAUGGAGAUUUGGAAGCUCGAGAAAGUAACGCUUCAAUGGGUUCUUCAAUAUAAGCUAAGAUUCAAGGCGAUGUGGAAGAUGAACCCAGUGGAAUCUAAGAGAUUUUCUAAGACAAAAGAAACGCAGCUGCUAACGUUCAUGAAUCAGAACUCGAACUCUGUUUACAUCAGAAAGGACCCGCAUAUCUUCACCUGUGACUUUGAGUCUCAAUUGGUUGAAUGUCUUCCGCACCAUGGACAUGCAUCUUCGUUCGUUUGGGAAUACUGUAAAGUCUGGCCGUACUUUCGACCCAUUUGGCCUUCUUUGCCAUUGUCUAUUGAAGAUUGGCUCUUCAACAUAAAUGAAUACCAAAUUCACUCACCAUAUCAGCCAAGUGUUCUAGUGAUUGAUCAUGAUGAUGAACCUCAAGCUCAAUGUAAUCAAGUUGAUCUUAUCGAACUGAGCGAUGAUGAUCACGAUGAUGAAUCUCAAACUCCAUUAAGUCAAGUUGAUAUUAUUUAA